GCAAAAUUGAGAAUUUCAAACAGAACGCUUUUGAAAAUAAACUUGAAAAGAACAAAAUAUAAAAAAAUAAUAACAAACUGAAUAAAAUAUUAAACGCUCGCAGAAAAUAAAAAAAAAUAACAGAAAUUCAUACCUUAUAAUAGUCGGUACUACUACAUACUGCUCUCUUUUUUUUUCGUAAAAAUUAAAUGAAAAAGAAAUAAAAAGUGGUUAUAAUCAGUCAAUAAGAAGACUUCGUAAAGAACGGUAGCAAACCAAGAAAAACUCAAAGUUAUAAAUUAAAUUUUAAAAAUCUCAUAAAAAUUUAAAGAAAAAACAAAAAUUAAAUUUAUUUUUUGAAUUCUACAAAAAAAAAAAAAAUCGAUCAGAAAGUAAAAAAAAAAGUUACUGUCAAAUAAAGAAAAAUUUUUGUGAAAUAUUUUUCAAUUUUAUUCAACAAUUUCUUAUAAAAUUUAUUAAAAACACAAAAUAAAAUAAAUCAAUUAUUUGAAUCAAAAACAAAAUAUUACAAAAAAAAAAAUACACCGGUGGAACUUACAUAAUAAUAAAAGUAAAAAUAAUAAUAAACAAAAUGAAGGUAAUAACAAUUACUGCUAAUCCUUUAUCAUCUUCAACACCAUCAGCUCGUAAAGCUGAAACUGUUAUCACUGAAAUUGAUACAACAACCAGUAAAUCAACAGAAAUUCAAGAUAUUCUAAAAGCAUGUGAAAAUCGAGAAAAUUUAUCCGAUGAAAGUUCACAAUUACGUUUUCCUGGUAUAUCAGAAAUUUUACCAACAUUAUAUUUAUGUGGUGCUGGUGUUGCAAUACCAUCAAUUAUGGAAAAAUUAGAUAUUAAAUGUGUUGUUAAUGUUGCACCAGAAUUACCAGAUACACCAUUACCAAAUAAUAAACCAGUAUAUUUACGUGUUAAUGUUUAUGAUCGUCGUGAUGCUGAUUUAAAAACAUAUUUUGAUGAAGUUGCUGAUUUAAUUGAAGAAGUACGUCAAACAAAUGGUAAAUCAUUAGUACAUUGUGUUGCUGGUGUUAGCCGAUCAGCUUCAUUAUGUAUUGCAUAUUUAAUAAAACAUAUGAAAAUGUCAUUAAGAGAUGCAUAUUUACAUGUUAAAAAUGCACGUCCACAAAUUCGUCCAAAUUUAGGAUUCUUUCAACAAUUAUUAGAAUAUGAAGAAGAAUUACGUGGUGAAAAAUCAGUUAAAAUGAUUUUUGUUAAAUCAUUGGAUCGUGAAAUACCAGAUGUUUUUGAACCAGAAUAUAGAGCAAUGGAAGAAUUUUAUCAAAAAUGUAGACGACAUUAUGAAACAAUUAGAAGAUAAAUGUAUAAUGAAUAAAAUUUAUACAUACAUUAUUAUAUGUAUAAUAUAAUAUAUAAUAUAAUAUAAUAUAAUAAGUAUAUAUUAUCUAUUAAAAAUUUAUAAGUAUAAUAAAAUUUAGAAUAUUAAGGAACAUCAUUAAAAAAAAAAAAAAGAAUUUUUGCAAAAAAUAUUAAGUAUAUAAUAACGGUACACAGUUAUAAUUUUAACUUUUUAUUUAUUAAUUACUGUUAUAUAAAAAAUAUUUUAAUAUAGGUAUUCUAGAAAUCAUACACAACAUAAAUAUAUACGAGUAUAUUAUCUUAGACGCAUCAAUAAUGUGUUAUUAUUCAAAAUUUUGCAUUGAAAUUCAAAUUUCUGAAAAUUGUAAUGCUUGCGAAUAAUAUCGCCAUUACUAGAAAGGAUGCGUCUAAGUGAAUUAAAUACGAUUGUUUAAUUACUUUGUAAAACAAUGAUUUCUGCCAUAACUAAAUAAAAACAUGCAAAAAUUUAUCAAAAUUAUAUUGUAUAAAAAUUUAGUAUCAUUUUAGUAUUGUACAUUUCUGUGAAACUAGUUAAUAAGUUAUUUAAGAGUUUUAAUUAUAUGUUACGAAAAUGUUAUGAAUUUUGAGUGAAAUUAAUUUUUAUCUUAAUUUUUUAAAUGUUUUAUUGUUAUAAUUUAUUUAUUUAUAAUUUAUUAUUUUUUAAUAAGUGAGAUUGGUCUUGUGUAUAUAAAAUUUCUGUGAUCACAGUUAUUUUAAUUUUUGUUUUUUUUUUUUUGGCCUUAAGUAGAUAUAUAUAUGAAUUCAUAUAUUUAUAUUGUAUUAUUUUAAGUACACUCUGUAAUUGAAAUGAAUGACAUAAUAAUGUAUAACAAUUAUAUUUUAAAAAUUAAAUAAUUUAAUAAAAUAUACC